AUGGAAGCGAAGUUUACUUGUAAUAUCUGUGAGAAACUCCUAUCUAGCAGCUCAGCCUUGUCACUGCAUCAACAAACUCAUGCUAUGCACAAGCAAUGGCAAUGCGAAGUCUGCAACAAGGAGUUUUCUCAGAAAGCAAAAUUAGUAGAGCAUCAAUUCCGACAUUCCGGGACAUUCCCAUUUUGUUGCGAACAAUGCGAUAAAGGAUUUUAUCAGAAAGAUCGGUUGAAGACCCACCUGAUGGGGCAUAAUGGAGAACGGCCUUACUCGUGUGACGAGUGUCAUAUGGCGUUCAGGAGGAAGUAUGAGCUGAACAAACAUCAAAAAAUUCACAAUGACCAAGAGAAACUCGCAAUGCUCAGAUAUUCUUGCACUCUGUGUGGCAAAAAAACUACUCACCGUCAGAUUUGAAGAAGCAUAUGCUUAAGCAUACUGAGGAAAGGACAGAAAGAUGCCCUUACUGGGAGAAGAUGUUUAAAGAGAAGUAUACAUUGAAGGCUCAUAUACUUGUGAGGCAUGAAGAAAUAA